CCCCGCCCACCUUCGAGUCUCUUAAAGGGCUUGUGGCCAGUACGCAGCACUUUAUGAGAGCGUAAAGGGAACUUACUUGCCUUCACCUUUAACUAGCACACCGUGAAAGUCUUAACUUCCUCUUUGUCAUUUUGAUUCACUUUUCAGACAGAAAACAUCCAACAGAAGCUCCUCUCAGAUCAACUGUGAAACAGUCACCCCACCUUCUGGCACCAAGCCUCUAGUACAAAAUAACUUCCCUGGACCCCUGAGGGAGUGACAGAGAGAGAGAGAGACAGAGAGUGAGGGAGAGAGAGAGCGAGAGGAGGAGCGAGUGGAUUACACCCUCCCCCACCACGUCACAUCCGUCCUACCAGCGAAGGGGUUGGGAUUGAGAGUAAGAGCGAGUGAGCAGACGUGCACACGGCGAGCCAGAGAGAGGCAGCCCCACAGACCGACAAGAGCCUGUAAUCAGCCCACACCAUCAGUGAUCAUGUGUCAGAGCCGGAGUCUGCAGCGGGCAGCAACGCGGAGCUCAGGGAAAUGGUGAGAUGCUGCAAGUCUUUGCAUAGCCCUCCGUCCUGCUACAAUCUCCACAGAGUUAGGGUUGAUGUGCGCCGGCUCCGGCCGAUCGGCUCCACAGGAGCUGCUGGGGAGCAGGGGGCCAUCAGCGGCAACAACGCCUCAGGCCAGGGUGCCCAAGGGGCCCAGGCACUCACCCACAGGAACCGAUUCAGGUUGCAGUUCCCUCAGUUGGCCUUGCGGCGACGUCUUGGCCAGUUGAGCUGCAUGUCCCGGCCCGCCUUGAGGCUGCGCUCAUGGCCGCUCAGCUUCCUUUACUACUUCCUGACCUUCGGUGCACUCAAGCCCCUGGCCAAGGUUGGCUGGAGACCAACAAGCAGGGUUGCUCUGUACAAGUCCAUCCCCACGCGGCUGCUGUCUCGGGCAUGGGGUCGACUGAACCAAGUGGAGCUGCCGACCUGGCUGAGAAAACCAGUGUACAGUCUCUACAUAUGGACGUUUGGUGUCAACAUGCAGGAGGCGGCUGUGGAAGACUUAAUUCAUUACAGAAAUCUGGGAGAGUUCUUUAGACGAAAACUCAAACCGGCUGUUCGGCCUGUUUGUGACUCACACUGUGUGAUCAGCCCAGCAGAUGGGAAGAUCUUGCACUUUGGGCGUGUGCGGAACUGUGAGGUGGAACAAGUCAAAGGGGUCACCUACUCUCUGGAGACCUUUCUUGGACCUCAUACCUGGGCUGAGGCCAUCAACAAUACUGUCAAACCAUCAAAUAAAGAUGACCCCAGCUCAUUUCAGGACCUGCUGGUGACUAAAGAGGGCAAUGAGCUGUUCCACUGUGUAGUGUACCUGGCUCCAGGAGAUUACCACUGCUUCCACUCCCCCACAGACUGGAGGGUGGCCCACAGACGACACUUUCCUGGCUCUCUGAUGUCAGUGAACCCUGGCGUGGCUCGCUGGAUCAAAGAACUAUUCUGCCAUAAUGAGAGGGUGGUGCUGAGCGGAGAGUGGGCGCACGGCUUCUUCUCCCUCACUGCUGUUGGGGCCACCAACGUGGGCUCCAUACGCAUCUACUUUGACAAGGAGCUGCGCACCAACGCCCCACGUUACAGCAAAGGGUCAUACAAUGACUUCAGCUACUUGUCCAACAACAACCAGGAGGGCGUGAGCAUGAGGAAAGGGGAGCACCUGGGAGAGUUCAACCUGGGCUCCACCAUCGUCCUGCUCUUUGAGGCUCCGCGGGACUUCACCUUCAACCUGAAGGCCGGCCAGAAGAUCCGCUUCGGGGAACCUCUGGGGACUAUGUGAGCCAAUGUGGCUGUCUAGAGAGGAACUUCCCGGGGGCACACGGACUAAAAUGGAAAAAAAACGGAUGUACACUUUAACAAGUGUGUACAGACCCACGCAGAAGUGCACAGGCUGACUUGCACACUCACACACUGACACAGGACACAUCCAUAGGCUGAUGUCCAGUACAUGCACUGUAAUGUUGAUUGAAAUGUACGGCUAGCACACAACACGCUGAUGGACUCACGGUACAGACUCACAAGCCACCAGUUUUGCAUCACCACCAAGGGGGUGACCCCGUUUCAAAGACUAUUAACCGGUUACUUAUUUUGCCAGUUAGACAAUUGAUGACAGUUGACCAGCAAGAUUACAUCAGUAGUUUACUGCAAUUUAAGAUGCGUUUACAUUCCAUAUGAGUAACAUGGCUUGUAAUUAACUUUUUUUUUUAAUACAUUUUGCCCAUAUUGCCUUUUGUCAGGGGUAUACUCGUCAAUGAGGAAUUCCUCUGAUGUUAUACGCAGCAAGACACUAGCCUGAUUGCUCAUAUCUUUAGUGUUGUGUUGCCUAACUCUUAUGGCUGUUGGCUAUAGCCUACAUCACAAACAGAUAUAGGACCAGCCUAGUGAGACACACACACACACACACAGGUUACUCCUGUCCCGCACAGCCACUGUCAUGUGGACAGGCUUUCCUACGCUCCAAAAUAGAGUAUUACACACCAUCAAGAAAGAAUGUACCAGAGACAACAUAUACAUGUUCCUUUCCUUCAAUUCUUCCAUCUCUCACUCUGAAACUGAAUGCCUUCCUCUUCUGCUUCUGUUCCUCACAAUUUUUCUCUACGUCCGUGCUGCUGGUUCUGUCCCUCUAUGGCCCUCCCUAGAAAAGUUGCUUAGUUUGGGGAUGACUUUGUGGGGCCGCCCUCUGGUGGAGGUAUGGACUAGCACUACUCCUUCCAGUCAGACGAGCCUGGGUUGUUUUAAUUAGGUGAUUAGGUGUUGUUUAGCAUUUUAUUAGUAUGGACAUGUUGUGCCCAAAUGAGUGCGACCAUGUCGUACUAAGCUUAUGAUGUACCAUCUGACAUCCCAGCCAAGCAUUUUUUUAAUUUUUUUAUUAGAGGUAGUAGCUCUAUUUGCCUGCCUGAUGCCAAUGAGUGCAGUUGUUUCAAUGUACAUGAUGCCCAACAGGAUUCCCUACGUGCAAGGGUUCCAACCAGGUGAAUGUUUACUAAUGGAGUUCUAGUUGUGUAGUGUGUUACAAUUCAGCAUGCCAGCAUUACUUACACUCACGGUGCUCUUGGGUUUCCUGAAAGACCCCUUAAGGGUGUGUCACAUUUAGAGUAGACAUUGUAACAUGAUAACAAUGUGAUGACUUCAGUGAUUUCAUUGGUGAAUACUGUUGCCAUGUGUUAAUCUAACCCCAUCCAGGAACUAAAGCCUGAUGUAUUCCCCUGAAUGGAGCCAUACACUUUACGCUGUUGUAACCAGCUCUCUAACCAUCAUUACAGAAACAAAUACAUGUCCGCGUGCAGCACUGGUGGGAGGUACACUGGUGAGAAUGUCAAUUGUACAACUGGUACCUUUGUCUUCUGCUGUUCAUUUGAAUUGGAAUUUGUUUGUUGGGUUUUGUUGCCAGUUUUGUCAUUAAUUAAUGACUUAUGAUGGAUGACACAUUUACAGUUCUGGUGACACCCUAGGCAUGACUGUCAGAUACACAAUGCGGAGCUAUUUGAAAAUGUUUUCUGUAUUUCUCUUUCAAAGUUCUAGUAGUGCCAAAAGAAGCAAACUUUUUCUUGGUUAUUGUUUUCUAUUAUAUAUUUUUUGCAAAUGUGGACCUUCUGGGGCUUUCUUCUGCUGCGCUAUUAUUUUGUGUAAGGGGAGACCUCGUCUGACUUGGUAAAGGAAGAUGGCGUUACAGACUGAAUGGGGUGAUGUCGGUAACACCAAAACCCUGGGCUACGUCGUUGUCGUUCCACAAAGUGUUGCAUACAGAAACCAAACUGGCGCCUGCCUGUUGCACACAUUGUAAUAUACUUGAAUCAUGUGACUCAUUCAACACUGCAUAGAUUUUAAUCUCAAAAAUAGUUUGAAAAGCAAGAAAAAAUGUCUAAUAAAUUUUUGCGUAUUCUUAU